AUCUCCAUGACCCCCGUCCAACAGUUUGCUUCUUUAUUAUUCACGUAAAAAAUGAUGUCCCAUGAUACAAUAGAAAUAUUUGUUUCUUGACAAAAUCAAAGGUAAAGUCAAUCUAAAGAUUUUGAUCCAAGAAAAUAAUGACAUGAAAAUUUCAAUAAUGUCCACUGCCUAACUGCCUGUGAGCCUGAAUGGCAUAUAUUUGUCUAGUGUGUUUUGUCCUACGGGGCCACAGCAGAAUUGGUUUGGGAACUGUAUUUGUGAGUUCUAAAGUAAGUGACCUGUGAACAUGCCAAGUAUUUGUUCUGGGAGUUACAUGUGAAAUGAUUUGCUGGAUAAACACUGGAUAUCCUGCGAUAACAGGCCGAUAUUUCAAUUAAUUUCAAUCCAGGAUGCAUCGUCACAGCAAUUUACAGGACUUUAUGCUCAUUAAAUCAUUGUGACAUCCUUAUUUUUACUCAUGAGUCAAAAGGUUUCUAAACGCCAGGCUGCAGCUGAUGCUUUGAAGAGGAUGGGCUGGAUCCGUCAACGACACAAGUUGUUGUAAAUCCCAAUUCCUGGGGGCCUCAGUUCCCCCAACGCUAUUUUCAGACCCUCUCCUUGAGAUUCCAGCACCAUGAAACCAGUCCAACUGUUACGAGUGCUUGGCUGGAAUAUACGAUAGGGCUUCCAGUUCCUCCUGCUGCUGCUGUGCAGUAUUAUUGGCGUUUCCAUGUCAUUUAAUAAAGAGGGGGUCCGUCAUGUGACCCCUCGAACCCACAUCAGAGCUGUGGGAUGCGGAAGUGCGUGGCGAAGAGAAGUACCGCCGUUCGCCGCUAGAGGGCGAAAGAGUCAAGUGAUGCGGGCAUUAGUGAGGAGACGGCGGUCUGAGAGCAGGGGCUGGCCUUGACGGAGGAGGGACAUCAUGCCAAUUUCCAGCUUCUUUGUACAGGGAUAGAGUAGGGAAGCGAGAAAGCACGCCGCUCUGACUCAGACCGACAGACGCACCCGCUCCUCGUGGCUGAGCCCGGCCGGCACCAGACCACAGCGGACACAGAGGGGACUGAGGGAGAGAGGCGGCAAAGUGGGAAGCUUUGUGUCCAAGAAAGAGGAAACUAAGCCGAACGAUGUCGGGGCUAAAAAAGAGAAACUCAAAUUCCUCCGCAGACAGAGAGGAGGACAAGCAAGUCACGGAGAGGAUGCUGACCCCCAGCAGCGGCGUGGAGAAGGGGGACCCCAGCGAGACUGGAGCACCGGUAUGUGACGGCAAGAGCCCAAACAACGCCGCCGGAGGAGAGGACGGGGUCGUCCUGAAGAGGACCAUCACCCUGGUGAACGGCGUGGCCAUCAUCGUGGGCACCAUCAUUGGCUCGGGCAUCUUCGUUACACCGACCGGCGUGGUGAAGGAGGCCGGCUCGGUGGGUCUGUCCCUGAUCGUGUGGGCGGUGUGUGGGGUGUUCUCCACGGUGGGCGCCCUCUGCUACGCGGAGCUGGGGACCACCAUCACCAAGUCCGGCGGAGACUAUGCCUACAUCCUGGAGGUGUACGGCUCCCUGCCGGCCUUCCUCAAACUCUGGAUCGAGUUGCUCAUCAUCCGGCCGUCCUCGCAGUACAUCGUCGCCUACGUGUUCGCCACCUACCUCCUCAAACCGAUUUUCCCCGUGUGCCCGGUGCCGGAGGAAGGGGCCAAGCUCGUGGCCUGCCUCUGUAUCCUCUUGUUGACGUUUGUGAACUGCUACAGCGUGAAGGCGGCCACCAGAGUGCAGGACUUCUUUGCAGCGGCCAAGCUCCUGGCACUCUUACUCAUCAUCAUCAUCGGCUUCAUCAAGAUAGGCCAAGGUGAGACAGAUGGUCUUCUUCCAGAAAAUUCCUUCGAGGGGUCCAAAUAUGAGUUUGGCAGCAUUGGUCUGGCGCUCUACAGUGGUCUGUUUGCCUACGGUGGCUGGAACUACUUGAACUUUGUCACUGAGGAGAUGAUUGAGCCUUACAGAAACCUUCCUCGUGCCAUCAUCAUCUCCCUGCCAAUAGUGACAGCGGUGUAUGUUCUGACAAAUCUCGCUUAUUUCACCACCCUAUCCCCUGAGCAGAUGCUGGGCUCAGAGGCUGUGGCUGUGGAUUUUGGUAACAAACACCUGGGUCCGAUGGCAUGGAUCAUCCCUGUGUUUGUAGGUCUGUCCUGCUUUGGAUCAGUCAAUGGCUCUCUGUUCACAUCGUCCAGGUUAUUCUUUGUGGGUUCCCGGGAGGGUCACCUUCCCAGUCUGCUGUCAAUGAUCCACCCCAGCCUGCUGACCCCACUGCCAUCACUAAUAUUCACUUGCUUGAUGACGCUGCUCUACGCCUUCUCCAAUGACAUCUUCUCCGUCAUAAACUUCUUCAGUUUCUUCAACUGGCUCUGCAUCGCCAUGGCAAUCGUCGGGAUGAUGUGGCUCCGCUAUAAGAAGCCAGAGCUGGAGAGACCAAUCAAGGUGAACAUUCUGCUGCCAGUGAGCUUCGUGCUGGCCUGCCUUUUCCUCAUCAUCGUCUCCUUCUGGAAGACACCAAAGGAAUGCGCCAUCGGCUUCGGCAUCAUCGCCACUGGUGUUCCUGUGUACUUAAUUGGUGUGUGGUGGAAGAGCAAACCCCAGUGGCUACAAGACGGAAUCUUCUCCACCACAGCCCUCUGUCAGAAGAUGAUGGAGGUGGUGCCGCAGGAGUCCUAAAAGCCAGUGGCCAAUUGGGUUGCGCCAACAGUCACCUCUGAGCUCUGACAUCACAGCUGACGAAGCCUGACCUCUGUUGACCCCUCCCACAUCAGCCCCUCUCUCUUACACACACACACACACACACACACACACACACACACACACACACACACACACACACACACACACACACCCUGUCUGCUGGCUGCUGAUAUGGACCUGAUGAAGACAGAAACGUGCAGGCGUUAGGGGCCUUUAACUUUUUUUUCUCUUGUUUCUUAUGUUGCUGACAUUUUUGGGUUGUUACCUGUAUUUGAGUAUGAACAAUUUUUAGUCACUAACUAUGCUUUGUAGGAUGUUAUGUGUUGUUGUUUAUUACAAUGCAUUUCAAUGGAUUGUUUUCAUUUGUGAAUAUGUUGAUGCUGAAUAUCCUCCCCCAUCAGAUCACUGUUGUGGUUAUCAAACCGUGCCUUAUGUGGCAAAUGAAGACGUACCUGUCAGCUGUGGCAGUAGUUGUCGAUGAUGUCCUGAGACCACGGUCAGCCUUCACACUGACCCGUAAAAUAGCUGUAAGCAGCUGUCAGCAGCUGUAAAGAGAGCCCUCUCUCGGGUCUAAAACCUUUGCAUCCAGGAGCUUUUUUUGUUAAAAUCCUGCAAGCAUCUAUUUUUAAUCUCUUGAAAACCAGCUUUUGCUUCCAAGUAAAAAUGAAAAGAUUAGUUUUGUCAGAUACUCAUGAAGGACCUGCAGUCAUUACAACUCUAGCAUGUUUAGCUAAGGUCUUGUGCUCUCUGUGUUGUUGCUCUUUGGUCGACGUCGUUGCAGCACCACUCAGUGUCUGUUGUCUGUUCUUGUUGUCUGGACCUCUGUUUAUGUGACCCAGUGCAGUGUGGAAGCUGCUCUAGGAAGAGGUUUCCCUUUCUUGAUUUUGACUGUUGACAGAAGUGUCGGUUCACAUGAAGACUGCCACGUUGUCAUUAGCCAGCUGAGUUAUACAAUUACAGGUGGGUAGUCAGUGUACGGAGUUUACUCAUCUGGUUAAUGGGAUCCUGAGAGGGAGGAGAAAGGUCUAUAGGGAGAUGUUAAAAUGUUCUGUUAAGUCAUGUUUUUUAGUUGAAGCUGUUUGCAUUAGAUAUUUAUUUAAAAAAGUAUGACAUACCAGCCAUGGUGGUAAACUCUACUGCUGAUAUCCGCACAGGAUUUCUUGGAAUUGAAGUUUUACCAUUAAACAUGCAUUAGUCCUAGGUCAGAUACACAAGGUGCAUAAUACCAGGACUGAAAAGUGGGUCAAAAUUCAAAGUAUGCGCCAUUUUCCUGCUGGUGAGCUUCUUUUUUUUUUUUUUUUUUUUUUGGGUCAGCGAUCUCGUUAUUAGUGGGGAUCAAUAUCUACUCGUACUGAGCCCAGCUCACAGAAGGCCCCUGUGAGCUCCCAACUCAUCACACUGGGAGUGUUUGCAAACACAAUGUUUCAAGCUGAACACUGAACUAAAGGCGUGUAACUGUACACACAGUGUCAGGUUAAAGCAAGGGUUUGUUUGUGCUCAUGUGGAAGGGGGAGGGAAGUGUCUACAUUGGAUGGUUCAGUCACUUUCAAACAGUUUUGGUUUUUCAGUCACUGUAAACAUCUCACUGUUCAAUACUUUGAUCUUCUGUCACAUUAUAUAGUAUUUUAGUGUGUGUGUGUGUGUGUGUGUGUGUGUGUGUGUGUUAUGGUGAGUCUUUAAUGUGUGGGUGGAUGUAGGUUGGGGUUAGAGGACAAAGAUAAUACAGAGAGAGAUGUUGGGGAGGAAAUGAGGGGUUUUGUUUUUCAUUAAGAAGGGGAGGAACAAACACAUUUUCAGAUCACAUUAUGAACCGCUAGUUUUUAUUUUUCAUCCUCAUGUUUCGUUUUUACGUGUCCGCACGCCGCCACAGUUAGUGCUGUAUUAUUAACACGGACCAUCCUCCUGCCAAGAGGCCAAAAGCUCCACUUUACCGCGGCCGCGUCGUUUCCAUAGAGACCGUGUGAGUGCUCUCGAGGGGGCGGAGCCGUUGCCGAUGGAAGCAGGAUGAGUUAAUGUGUAUGUUAUAGAGGUAGAUCCUUUCUAACACUCCAGCCAUCGCACAAAGCCGAUGGGAGACUAACCAGAAUAGGACUGUAGAAAUUGUAUUUAUUUAUUUUUAGGAAACUUUGUUGUCUAUUGUUAUUAGUCCUUCUAA